AAACUGCAAAACCCUACUUCUCCUGUUUCUUACAAAUUUUUACUACUCCAAGUAUAAACCCUUUCAGAAGAAAAAACACUUGGAAGCCUCACCUCGGAGAAGCCGAACAGAGAGUGUGAUAAAAAGGCAAAAUCCAUGCGACCACCGAGAGGAGGCGGAGGUUUCCGUGGCGGCAGGGACGGUGGCAGAGGGAGAGGAGGUGGCCGAGGAGGCUUUGGUCGCGGUGGUGGACGUGGUGGCGGUGGGUUUCGUGAUGAAGGCCCUCCUGCUGAAGUAGUGGAGGUAUCUACAUUCCUUCAUGCUUGUGAGGGUGAUGCAGUGACAAAGCUGAGUAAUGAGAAAAUACCUUUCUUUAAUGCUAACAUAUAUCUGCAAAACAAGACCCAGAUUGGGAAAGUCGAUGAAAUCUUCGGUCCUAUCAACGAAUCUUAUUUUUCAAUCAAGCUGUUGGAAGGUAUUGUAGCGACCUCGUACACUGCGGGUGAUAAGUUCUAUAUUGACCCGAGCAAACUUUUGCCUCUUGCUAGAUUUCUUCCACAACCAAAGGGGCAAGCACAAGUUGGUGGAAGAGGUGGUCGUGGAGGAGGCAGAGGUGGCGGUAGAGGCGGUGGUCGUGGUGGAGGUGGUGGAUUCCGUGGAAGGGGUGCUCCUAGAGGUGGCAGGGGUGGUUUUAGGGGCGGUGGCCAUGGUGGUGGUUUUAGAGGCAGAGGGAGAUUUUAAAGUAAUAACAUUUUGUAACAGUACCAAUGCCCAUUUAUUUUAUCCUUUUGCAAUGUCAUGGGCAUUGAACUUCGAAAAUUUGAUUCCGAACUUGAUUGCGACUGUAGCAUGUUCAACACAGAUACGUUCAUCUCGUACUUUUGUCAAUCGAAAAUGCCUAUAACCAAGUUUAUGAUA